GGCUCGAGCCGGAAGUGGAGCCCCUACAGAUCUGGACGGCGUGACUUUGACGGGAGCAUCAUGUUGAGGUGGAGGCGGCUGUGGGGCUCCGUGCUGCCCGGGCAACAGCUAUACUUGAACAGCUGCAGAUGGUGCUCGUCAGGAAUUAUUCCCAAUGAAAAGAUCCGGAAUAUAGGGAUUUCUGCACACAUUGACUCUGGAAAGACAACAUUAACUGAGCGCAUACUUUUUUACACAGGAAGGAUAGCUCAAAUGCACGAGGUUAAAGGUAAAGAUGGUGUUGGUGCUGUCAUGGAUUCGAUGGAGUUGGAACGACAACGAGGGAUCACUAUUCAGUCUGCAGCAACUUACACUAUGUGGAAAGAUACGAACAUCAACAUAAUUGACACCCCUGGGCAUGUUGAUUUCACUAUAGAAGUGGAGAGGGCAUUGAGGGUUCUUGAUGGUGCCAUCCUGGUUUUAUGUGCUGUUGGAGGAGUUCAGUGUCAAACUAUGACAGUGAACAGGCAAAUGAAGCGGUAUAAUGUCCCAUUUUUGACCUUCAUCAACAAACUGGACCGAAUGGGUUCAAGUCCAAACAGAGCUCUGCAACAACUCAGAUCCAAGUUGAAUCACAAUGCUGCUUUUAUUCAGAUUCCUAUGGGCCUGGAGGGAGAUUUCCGGGGAAUCAUUGAUCUGGUUGAAGAAAAAGCAAUAUACUUUGAUGGUGACUUUGGUCAGAUUGUUAAAUAUGACGAAAUUCCUUCUGAAUUCAGAGCGGAGUCAGUGGAUCGCCGCCAGGAACUGAUUGAAUGUGUUGCAAACAUAGAUGAACAGCUUGGGGAACUUUUCCUUGAAGAGAAGAUCCCAACGGUAGCUGACUUGAAGUCUGCAGUCAGAAGAACAACACUUAGUAAAUCCUUCACGCCUGUGCUGGUUGGAAGUGCUUUGAAGAACAAAGGUGUGCAACCUCUGCUGGAUGCUGUCCUUGAAUACCUGCCAAACCCCGCAGAAGUGCAAAACUAUGCCCUUUACAAUCAAGAGAAUUCUCAGGAGAAAUCCAAGAUAUUGUUGGGUUCUGUGAGAGACAGUUCUCUGCCCUUUGUGGGCCUGGCAUUUAAACUCGAGGCUGGACGGUUUGGGCAGCUCACGUAUGUUCGUGUUUAUCAAGGGAUGUUGAAGAAAUCAGAGUAUAUCUACAACACGAGGACUGGUAAAAGGUUGCGGGUGCAGAGACUUGUCCGCAUGCACGCGGACAUGAUGGAGGAUGUGGAAGAAGUUUAUGCAGGUGAUAUCUGUGCAUUGUUUGGCAUUGAUUGUGCCAGUGGUGAUACAUUUACAGAUAAAUCUAGCACUGACCUUUCCAUGGAAUCUAUUCAUGUUCCUGAUCCUGUCAUUUCAGUAGCAAUGUCAGCAUCAAACAAGAAUGAUUUGGAUAAGUUUUCAAAAGGUAUAAAUCGCUUUACAAGGGAAGAUCCCACUUUCCGAGUACAUUUUGAUACGGAGAGCAAAGAGACCAUCGUUUCAGGAAUGGGAGAACUACAUCUGGAAAUCUAUGCUCAGCGAAUGGAAAGAGAAUAUGGUUGUCCUUGUGUUACUGGAAAGCCUAAAGUCGCCUUUAGAGAAAGCAUUGUGUCAACUGUACCGUUUGAUUUUACUCAUAAAAGGCAAUCUGGUGGAGCUGGCCAGUAUGGAAAGGUCAUUGGAUUUGUAGAGCCUCUGGAGCCAGAGAACUACACCAAGCUGGAGUUUGAGGACAGAACUGUUGGAACAAAUGUCCCAAAGCAGUUUGUGCCAGUUAUUGAAAAGGGGUUUCGUGAUGCCUGUGAGAAGGGCCCCUUGACAGGUCACAAGAUUUCAGGAAUACGGUUUGUCUUGGAAGAUGGCGCUAAUCACAUGGUGGACUCUAAUGAAAUCUCUUUCAUCCGAGCUGCUGAAGGAGCGCUGAAGCAAGUUAUGGAGAAUGCAUCCGUGUGUAUUCUUGAGCCCGUUAUGUCUGUGGAAAUUGUGGCACCCAUUGAAUUUCAAGGAGCAGUGAUUUCAGGAGUGAAUCGACGCCAUGGGAUCAUCACUGGGCAAGAUGGAACUGAAGGCUAUUUCACCCUCUACGCUGAUGUCCCACUGAACAAUAUGUUUGGAUAUGCGACAGAACUGAGGUCAUCCACUGAGGGGAAAGGUGAAUACACAAUGGAAUACAGUAGAUAUCAUCCCUGUUUACCCAGCGUACAGGAAGAAUUAGUUAACCGAUACCUAGAAGCUACAGGUCAACUUCCCGGGAAGAAGGGCAAAGCCAAGAGCUGAGUCCCUUCUGGGUGAGCAGAUUGUAAGGACCUGCUGAUGAAUGCCUGCUGCAAUGAAGUUCUAUUGAUUUAAGAACUUUUAGAAAAUUCAGAACAGCUUGCUGAAUUUCAUUCUGGAUCAAUAUUUUGACUUAAUUAUUAAGUCACUAAGAGACUGCUACUGCAACCAUUAUAAAUUCCAUUAGUUAAUCAUUGUCCUUAAUUUAAUAAAAUAUUGGCUUUGUUUUA